AUGACCAGGACCGCCGCUUCUUCACUGCUGCUUCUGCUGCUCACCGCUUUACCAGGUUUAGGUGGGGCUUCAGAGCUGGCCUUCAUUAAAGAGCCCCAUGAUGUCAUCGCAGUGAGAGACCGUCCCUUGAUGUUGGACUGUGAGGUGGAGGGGGAGGGGCCUAUCACUAUUAACUGGCGGCGGAAUGGUGUACCCAUUCCUACGGGCACCAGAGUGGCCGUGCUGGACAAUGGCAUGCUCCUGAUCCGAAACUUCCAGAAACGGCGUGAGAGCAAUGAGACAGAUGCUGGAGAGUAUGAGUGCGCUGCUCAAAACCGCUACGGCUUGCUGAUUAGCCGCAAGGCACGGGUGCAGCUUGCAUCUCUUCCCAAGUUUCACUCCCACCCAGAGUCUAUGGCAGUGGAUGAAGGAGGGGUGGCCCGCUUUCACUGUGCCGUUAAUGGCAUCCCUGAGGCUAGCAUCACCUGGGAGAAGAACAGGACCACACUCAACACAGAUGAUGACAGGUACACUCUGCUGCCUAACGGUAUUCUGCAGAUCACUGGUGUGCGUCAAGCAGACAGCGGAUUAUAUCGCUGCAUGGCCAAAAACAUUGCAAACACACGUUACAGUCAUGAGGCCCAGCUCACUGUCACUGUGGCGGCUGCUCGUGCCUAUAAGGAGCCAGUGAUUCUCUCUGGUCCUCAGAAUCUCACUAUUAACGUCCAUGAGACUGCCAUUUUAGAGUGCAUUGCCACAGGUAACCCAAGACCCAUCGUGUCCUGGAGCAGACUUGAUGGCCGUUCUAUCGGAGUGGAGGGGAUUCAGGUGUUGGGCACAGGUAAUCUGAUGAUCUCUGACGUCUCCCUCCAACACUCUGGAGUGUAUGUGUGCUCAGCCAACAGACCCGGAACUAGGAUGAGGCGUACCGCGUUGGGUAGACUGGUAGUGCAAGCUCCUCCAGAAUUCCUGCAGUGGCCGCAGUCUGUAUCCAAACCACUUGGGAGCAGUGCAGUGUUUACCUGCCAAGCUCAGGGAGUACCAGAGCCUCACCUCAUUUGGCUGAAAAAUGGCAAGAUCCUCACACCUGGUGAUAAUGUCAAACUCACCAACAGCAACAGCACUCUGGCUGUAACGCGGAUCACUGCUGAGGACGAGGCCAUAUACCAGUGCAUAGCAGAGAACAGCGCUGGCACCAACCAGGCUAGUGCGCGCCUGGCUGUGUCCCAAUCCACCGACCUCCCCGAGGCUCCACAGGACCUUGCAGCCACACCACACUCACCUACCUCCCUACAGCUGCGCUGGAGCCAGCCUGAAGCACACGUCACCAACAGCAUCAUUGGAUACGUGCUGCAUAUCCGCAUGCUUGGCGAGCCAGACAGUAAAGAGCUACAGGAGGCAGUGAGUAAGGACACUUUCCAGCAUGAUUUCAGCAACCUGGAACCAGCAACCACCUACUCCAUCUAUGUUAAAGCCUACUCUCCGCUGGGAGCUAGCCAGCAGUCUAGUACUGUCAUUGCCACAACACUAGGGGGCGUUCCCACCAUGCCCAGUUUCUUCACUAAAGUGCUGAACAGCACAGCAAUGCAGGUGUAUUGGGAGCUGCCCAGUAAACCAGGGAAGGUGGAGGGCUUUAAGCUGUCUUACCGCAUGGUACCUCAGGAGCAGUUCAGACCAGAGGAGCGCUUUCCCGGCCACAUCAACACACACACCAUCUCACACCUCGAGCCUGCAGCAGUGUAUGAGAUUCAGCUGGUAGCAUUUAAUGGGAAUGGAGACAGCAUCAGCAACAAACGCCUUGUUUCACUGGCUGAGAGUGGAACAAACAGCAGAAACAAUGCUGAAGGCCAGAGCGUGUGUAACUGCAGGCAGAAUGGAGAAGGCUCUAUGACCGGCAUAGUGGUUGGCAUCCACAUUGGAAUGGCCUGCAUCAUCUUCUGUGUGCUCUUCCUCAUGUUUGCAUACCGUCGUAGUUUGUUCUGCAGAAAGGGUACUCAGGAUGACUGGAGUGUGUCACAGAGAGGAGCUGGGCCACUGGGGGGUCUGGGAGAGAUAGCACCUAAAGAAGGAGUUAUCCGCAUCUCUGAGGCUGUAGAGCUAAUGCCACAGUCUCAGGACAGGGCAGCAGAGCACCAGCCUGCAGGGCCACACUGCCACGUCCUCAUUGAGCAGCAGCCGAGCAGCCCACCAGACAGUACCACGGGCACAGACACUGGCACUGUCUAA